AGAGGAGAGGAUGGCGAGAGUGAGUGUGAGGUGGUGUGAGCUUGUCACACACCCACCCAGCGUGGGGGUGGAAGCUGUGGGUUCCAGUCGCCUUGAUACAUUUUUUGAAUAUAUUUUUUUUAAGACCAUGGCUCAGAUAUAGAACCACACACCUCCUGCACACAGAGGCAACACACACUCCUCUCACACACACUGCACCAUGAGCGGUACCCAGGGCUAUACAUACCCCCAGAUGUUUCUAGUGGACUACAGUGGAGGUUCACAGCCAUCAGUCCAACCUCCAGGCCUGGUACCUUGCUGGUCCUUCCCUCCUGCCCAGGAGAGGGUAAGGGAGCAGGGCAGGGCCAGAGGCUGCAGGGGGGUUGGCUCCUGGAGCCUGGUUGUGGCUGUGCUGUUUCUGCUGCUGCUGGUGUUUGGGGCUCUGGGGCUGGGAGCCUACCAGAUACACAAGCUACAGACUCAACUGGAUGGGAUACAACAGGUUAACAUUGAGAGCCAAGGUUGUGCGCCUGAGAAGCUAGUGGGUGACCUUCCAGAGUCUGAUCCAGACACAGGGAAGAAGGCCAGCAGACCUGCAGCACACGUCAUAGGCCGGAUCGAGAAGGAUGUUUCCCAGAAUACCUUGCGUUGGGAGCCCAAGGCAGGGCGGGCCUUCACUGAGGGAGGCGUGGUCUAUCGGGAUGGUGGUCUGCAGGUCAACGAGACUGGGCUCUACCACAUUUAUUCCCGGGUGCAGUUUGAGGCCAAUCACUGCACCCCUACAGAUGCCUUGGUUCACUCUGUGUUUGUGAGGAGGCCCUGGAGCUCCAAGCCUCUCACCUUGAUAGAGGCGCACAGGGAGGGCUACUGCAGCUCGGGCUCUAAUGGGCGUGUCUGGACCUCUGGGAGUUACCUGGGCUCCACAUUGCAGUUGGAGAAGCAGGACUGGGUCUAUGUGAACGUCUCCCACCCAGCCAUGCUCAGCCACACUCAUCAUGCCAACUUCUUUGGACUCCACAAGAUCUAGCGAAAAAGGAUGAAAUCUGGAGUUGGUUUCAACUGAUACUUCACUCAGAGAACCUUAACACUAAAAUGGUGGAGAAAAAAGUAGUAUUUAUUAUGAUAAAGAUCUGACACUGAUUCCAGCUGCAGGUCUGAAUGUAUGUUCAUUAGAACACAAAAAUGUGCAUGUUUGGGAUUUUAUAUCCGUCAACAGGGAUCCAAUUUUUUAUAUUCUAAUAAAUGUAUUUAAAAAAAAAUUAAGUUCAGACUGAGAUCUU